AUGUAUAAAGAACAGAGCUCUCUCACGAACAUCAAGAAACGAUCGAAGACCUCCUGUACAGAACUGCGCAAGGAGGCUGCAUCCAAAAAUAAAGAUGAAGAAAAAGCUCCAAGUAAUAUGUCUGCAUCUUCUAACGCACCCGAGGUGCUGAAAAACCUUACCAUUGGGUUCAAUUCGACCAUGAGAUCUCUCGAAUCCGUGGGAGAGAUGGACCGGGAUACGACAAACCCAGCAGUUCAGGAAGAAUACAAAGCAAGCCAACAGUCAAUGAAGUUAUCAGUGGUCUUCAUCUGCAGGUCGACGGCUCCUAUACCACUGGUGGAUUCACUUUCAUUCACUGUCACGCGAUUAUUAGACCUUGAACGAGGGAAAGGAAUUCGACUGGUCUACCUAUCUAAGAACGCCGAAACGAGGAUGGCAGAUGCUGUAGGUAUUCCCAGACUGGGCGUCAUUGGAAUUAAGGAGUGCCAAUCUGCUCGAAUCCUAAUUGACUAUGUACGAGAGAACGUUCCACCACCGAUAUAUUGA